UGCAGUUACAAAAUGGACGACGCAGAACGGAAAGAUGUACGAUGCGGGUUCUGAAUCAUCUGAGCAUAGCUAUAUAUAUGAGAUUUUGAAAAGCACUGUGAAUUUGAAAAACUUCAAGACUGGGAUAUCAGAAAGAUCUGACCUAGACACAAAAAUGUGGAGUCCAUCUAAGACCACGAGAAACAGAGAACAUGUAUUCCCUCAUGAGGACUCUGAAGAGACAAGGAAAUCUCAUAGUAGACAAGAGACAAAUAAUAGAAGAAAAGAGGAUGACAGUAUGUUAAAUGCUUUAUUCAGUCGACUUGUGGAGUCCAUAGAUAGGAACACUGAGGUGAUGCAAUGUGCCAUGGAGACUAUGGAUACUUUAUCCAGGUCAAGCAACAGAACUCCACUUCCAGAUGAUACAGAUUUUAUCAUUCCUGAUGCAAAGAGACCAGAUAAGGUUUUAGUAGAACUGAAGUGUACAUUCCUGAAGAUUAAUGAUAUUGAUACAAUUAACCAGCAAUUUGAAGCUGAACUGUUUGUGCAAGCAAAAUGGGAGGAACCUUUACUGCAGCAGAGCAUGUUUGGCAGUAAAGACAAGGAUGGGGAAGAUUUGGAUAAACUGAUACCUUGGGAUCCUAAACUGAUUGUAAUGAACAUAGAUGGAGCGUUUGUCCUCAAUCGUAAGACAUUUGACAUUAGAUUGCACGAACCUGGCUAUAGAUAUCCUGUUGUCAUACAGCUGUGGCGGUUCAAAGGAUUCUUCAAAGAAAAUCUUGAGCUGGAACAUUUUCCUGUGGAUGUGCAAGAUCUAACAAUAUCCUUGUCUACAGAAAGAUCUGACAAGGAAGUGGACUUAAUAGAAGAUCAGACAUCUCUCAGUUCCAUCAAUACAAAAGCAUUCAUGGAUCAGGAGUGGAGCCUUUACAAACAUAUAGAAACUUCGAGAGAUUUCACCACUGUAGAGUACUGCAGUUCAACUGUACAUCCAAUUCUUCAUGCUCAAUGUAGAGUGGCCAGGAAGAUGGGCUACUUUGUAUGGAAUAUCAUCUUUAUUAUGUUGUUGAUUAUCAGUUUGACGUUCGCUGCUUUCACGAUUGACUUCAACAGUGCCGACAGAAUUACUGUGACCAUCACUCUGUUUCUUACCGCUGUUGCUUUUAAAUUGGUUGUCAAACAAAGCCUGCCAACAAUAUCCUACCUUACAUAUCUUGAUGUGUAUGUGAUAGCAGCACUGAUUUUUCUGGGUCUUCAAGCUGCCCAGAAUGCCACAAUGAACGCUCUAGGUCACUUUAUGAUUAAAGGAGAGGUUCAGUACUACGACAAAUGGUCCAUGGUCCUUAUGGCUAUCAUUCUCAUUGUAUUUCAUAUCUUCUUUGCAUUAUUUAUCUACAGGACAGCAUCAAAGCGAAGAAGAAUAAUGGAGGAAAAAGAUAGAAUGUAUAUUGGAAAGCGAGAGUUUUUAGAGAAGUUUGGCACACUGCCACCAAGAUACAAUAAUGGCGUUAGUGAUUUUGACUAUGAUUCCAUCAUUCCAGGCAGGAAAAUGAAAACUUCUCUUCCCAGAUAAAAUGAAACCAUUGCUUUCUGUUUGACAGUACAAUUUAUUGUGCUAUGCAGACUGUUUUUGGUGUGUAUAAAUUAAGGAGCAGACUAUUAAAAGAUGUAUUAUUUUAGAAGUUGGACAGCUGAUUAAUGUAAGAUUUUAGUAAACUGUGUAGAACAUAUGACUUUAGAAGGCAGCUCUAUGAGAGUGCAAACAUUUAUAGGAUGCAUUUCUGUAAAAGACAGACUAAAUGGCUUUUUUCAUGAGAGUAGACACACUGUGGCUGGUCCUACAUGUAUGUUUAAGAUGGCAAACUGCAACAGGAUGUAUGGUUUUGGAAAUCAUACUGUGGCUGCUACAUGUUUGAUUUAAUAUGGCAAACUGCAACAGGAUGUAUGAUUUUGGAAGACAUACUGCGGCUGGUACAUGUUUGUAUUUAGAUGGCUGACUGCAACAGGAUGUAUAAUUUUCCUGUAAAAUUACCUGUGUUGCUUGACAUGUACGUGUGUGCAAAAACAUGCCAAUUUCCAGGAAAAUGAAAUAGUUUUAAGCUUGAUUGAAAAGAUUCAAAAUACAUUGUGUCACUGAAAUAAACAUAAAAAAUAAGUUUUUCUUAAGAGGCAACUUGUAAAAGGAUUUGUAAUUUCGAUAUAUAAUGUAUGAUAAAAGCUGGAAUAUAUAUAUGAAUUUAGAACAGAUCUCUAGGCUACUUCAGGAUGUUGGAGUUUAGGAGGCAAACUGUAAUAGAAUGUAGUUUUGUUAGAAGAUAAUAUUUUGUGUAUGAACAACUUCAUGUUAUACAGAAGUCUGUUAUAAUAUGUAUGUUUUUAUAAGACAGACUGUAAACUUUUGUUUGCUUUUAGGAAGCAUAUUUUUGUAAAAUGUGCAUGCUUUUACAAGAUGUAUGAUUUUAACAGGCAUACUGUGAUAAGAUGUCCCAGAAGGCAAGGACGUAAAUUAAUACUUUUAUAAGUAGAGAUGCUUAGACUGAAGUGACACUGGACAUUCAUAUAGUGGUUAAUUGAUGGCAGAAAAUGAAGCACUGUUUCGUAAAUCACCAUUUGCUUCACAUAUUAAGUAAUUGAUUUAAUGAAACAGUUAUUUCAUGUGAGUUUGGGAACAGUCAAAAGUAUAGUACCUUGGUAUUGGGGACAAGAUUGAGAACUGUUGGUCUUGGCCUCUGACAUCAGUUCUGAAGUCAUCCCUGGUAUGUUGGUAAUUUUUUUUACUGUUUCCCAAAUAUCCAUAAUAAAUGUACCCAUCCAUAAUAUCCCAAAGAUCAAUAACCAGCCAGAUACACCAAGACAACCUUGAUUUAUGGCCUAUAAAUUAUUAAAACUUGUAAAAAUUGGUAGUGUCCAUUUAUAUAUACAGUUGAAACUCGGUAUCUCAAACUCGCUUACCUCGAAAUUCCGCUUAAGUCGAAGAAAUUUUCAAGUCCCGUCAAAUUUCCUUCAUUUCAUAUGUACUUCAACUCCGGUUACAUCAAAAUUUGACUUACCGAGAUUCCGGAUAUGUCGAAAGGGAUUUUCAGUACCGUCAAUAAAAUUCAAGUGCAUUGUAAACUCGGUAAGUCGAAGUGAGAAAAAUAUGCGGUAAAAUUUCACACAGCUCAUUGUGAAUGUGGUUGGUUUUUAACACAUGUUCAUGUUUAUUGCCUAACCAGAAAGCCGUGAUGCCGACAUAUCAAAGGUACGGCCAUUAUCAAAGUGAGAUGAUGUCAUACUUGUUUGCACGUGCCAUAAUGAUUGUUUGAUGUAAACACUAGAUUUCUAAAUCAGCAAUCAUUUGUUUUUGAAACGUUAUGAAAAUUGCUUUUAAUUGAAACUAAAUGAAUUCAUUAGUUGAACAGUUUGGAUCUUUAAUAAGGAUUAAUUAGAAGUAAUCUCGAUGAGACUGUAAAAAAAUAACUUCUUUGGGGAAAGCAUCAUUUGUUCAAAAUGUCAGAUUGAAAUGCUGUCAAUCCUCCGGGAGAGAAACAUGGUACGAAAAGGAAACUUGCCUCAAAAAACAUUUGAGGUUAGUAUCAUUUUUAUUCUUCGAAAAACUGAAAACUUUGAUAAAUACAAACUGUACAGAAUCGUGUACGCGUAAAGUGCCCAAAGCAUAUACACGGCAUCAAGGAAACAGUUUUUAUUUGUUAUUAAAUCUUUUCGUAACUUAACCAACUUUUUCCAUCAUUUCGUCCAUAUACAUCCCUCCUCAUAACUCGAAUUUUAAUUAUCUCGAAAUAAAAAGCACGGUCCCUUGAAAUUCGAGAUACCGAGUUUCGACUGUACCUGCAACAACACACAGUUCUAUGUUCUAGUGGUUCAGUGUCAGAAAAAAACGUCCGUAGUCUAUAAUUUUUGGUCUGACUUCUCUAUAAGAAGCAUUUUGCUUGAUUUCACUGUGAAUAUACAAGACAAAUUUGAUUCAUGACUACCGUUGGGUAAUAAAAGAGGUCAAAACUACAAAAACUUUUUUAUGCCCCCCAAAGGUGGGCAUAUUAAAAUCACACUGUCCAUCCAUCCGUGUGCUAGUCUGUCAAUUCUUGUCCAGGCUGUAACUCUGCUAUCCGUAAAGGGAUUUUGAAAUAACUUGGCAUAAAUAUUCACCAUAAUGAGACGACAUGCAUCCGCAAGACCCAGAUCCCUAGCUCCAAGGUCAAGGUCACACUUAGAAGUCAAAGGUUAACAGGGAUUGUUCCGUGUCCAGUCAAUAACUGCCAUCUAUGAAGGGAUUUUGAAAUAACUUGGCAUAAAUGUUCGUCAUAAUGAGACAACAUGUCAUGCGCAAGACCCAGACCCCUAGCUCCAAGGUCAAGGUCAUACUUAGAAGUCAAAGGUCAACACGGUCUUUUUCGUGCCCGGUCCAUAACUCUGCUACUGACGAAGGGAUUUUGAAAUAAUGAGAUGAUGUGUCAUGCGCAAGAUCAAGACCCUUAGCUCUAAGGUCAAGGUCACACUUAGAGGUUAAAGGUUAACAUGGUCUGUUUCUUGUCCAGUCCAUAACUCUGCUAUUGAUGAAGGGAUUUUAAAAUUACUUGGCAUAAAUGUUCCCUAUAUUGAGACGAUAUGUCAUACACAAGACCCAGACCCUUAGCUCCAAGGUCAAGGUCACAUUUAGAAGGCAACGGUGUUUCUUGUCUGGUCUGUGUCUCUGCCAUUUAUCAAGGGAUUUGAAAAUAAUUUGACACAAAUGUUAACCAUAUUGAGAAGGUUUGUCAUGCUUAUGACCAAGGUCAAGGUCAAGGUCACGAAAUGAUGUGUGAUUUUUUUGCGUAGGCAACUGUAGCAUUCUUGGGCACGCUUCGGGGACAUUUGUCACUUGUGACAGCUCUUAUUAAACAAGUCAUUUUAUUUUUCUCCAACGUUUCGCCUACAUUAGUCUUCUUCAAAAUAAAUAAAACAUAGGAAGUGACGUCUGAAUUUUAACAGAGGUUGGUGGAAAAUUCAUAAACUGUCUCAUAGUAUGAUACAUAAAUACUGGUAAAAAAAUGCAGUAUAAGUGCAAAUGGUUAAGGGAAGGCACCAGUAAAAACUGAUUAUAGAAUAUACACAACAUUAAUAUAUAAGUAUAUAACAGGUAUUUUUUAAAGCAAUUAAUACAGAAUUUUUGAAUUCAUUCCUUCUGGGACAUAGUGCUCAAACGAAACAUCCAGGAAGUCUUUUAAAAGCCUUUUCCAAGAAUUAGUUACUUUAUCAAUUGGCAUAAAAGAGAAAUCAUGGAUAGUAUGGCCUUGAGAAUUAAAAUGUUCAGAAACA